CUACAAUGUGUUUAUAAACUACAGAGCGCUGUUAUAUUGUAUUAUUUUGAAAGGUCCGGGUUGUAGUGUGGUAGGAGCGCGUUGUUUUAUCCGUUCAGACACUGAGGGAGAGCAGAGAGGAGAUCUGAAGAGCAGAAAGGACACAUUCACUGAGGAGACGGUCAGAACGAGUGUCUAGAGCACUAGAGCCGUGCUGCACAUCCCACUGACAAGACCUGAAGACUGCCUUAUCCUGGUGAAAGCCAAGGAACAAAGAUGAAGUUGGUACCUAUCUGCAUUAAACAGGAGAUGCCUGAACUGGAGCCUGUCCACAUUAAAGAAGAGACUGAACUGGAGCCUGUCCACAUUAAAGAAGAGACUGAAGUGGAGCUUGUCCACAUUAAAGAAGAGGAGACUGAACUGGAGCCUGUCCACAUUAAAGAAGAGGAGACUGAACUGGAGCCUGUCCACAUUAAAGAAGAGACUGAACUGGAGGCUGUCCACAUUAAAGAAGAGACUGAACUGGAGCCUGUCCACAUUAAAGAAGAGACUGAACUGGAGCCUGUCCACAUGAAAGAAGAGGAGACUGAACUGGAGCCUGUCCACAUUAAAGAGGAAGAGACUGAACUGGAGGCUGUCCACAUUAAAGAAGAGACUGAACUGGAGCCUGUCCACAUGAAAGUAGAGACUGAACUGGAGCCUGUCCACAUGAAAGUAGAGACUGAACUGGAGCCUGUCCACAUGAAAGAAGAGACUGAACUGGAGCCUGUCCACAUGAAAGAAGAAGAGACUGAACUGGAGCCUGUCCACAUGAAAGAAGAGACUGAACUGGAGCCUGUCCACAUGAAAGUAGAGACUGAACUGGAGCCUGUCCACAUGAAAGAAGAGACUGAACUGGAGCCUGUCCACAUUAAAGAGGAAGAGACUGAACUGGAGCCUGUCCACAUUAAAGAGGAAGAGACUGAACUGGAGCCUGUCCACAUUAAAGAAGAGACUGAACUGGAGCCUGUCCACAUGAAAGAAGAGACUGAACUGGAGCCUGUCCACAUGAAAGUAGAGACUGAACUGGAGCCUGUCCACAUGAAAGAAGAGACUGAAUUGGAACCUGUCCACAUUGAAGGGGAAUCUGUUGACUUGUUUAAGGAUACAGAAAAUAUAUCCCGGCCAAAGAUAUCACAUCAGUGUAAUGAAUGUGGGCAGAGCUUCAGCCGACCAGGAAGCCUAAAAACACACCAGCAGAUUCACACUGGAGUGAAGCCGCACCACUGUACUGAAUGUGGAAAAAGCUUCCGUCAGUUAGCAGUCCUAAAAAGACACCAGCGACUUCACACUGGAGAAAAGCCGUAUCACUGUACUGAAUGUGGAAAGAGCUUCCGUCAGUUAGCAGUCCUAAAAAGACACCAGAGACUUCACACUGGAGAGAAGCCACACCACUGUACUGAAUGUGGGAAGUGCUUCAAUGCGUCAGGAAGCCUAAAAAGACACCAGCGACUUCACACUGGAGAGAAGCCGUAUCACUGUACUGAAUGUGGAGAGAGUUUCAUGGAGUCAGGAAGCCUAAAAAGACACCAUCGAUUUCACACUGGAGAGAAGCCGUAUCACUGUUUUGAAUGUGGGAAAAGCUUCACUGACAAAGGAACACUAAACAAACACCAGCGAAUUCACACUGGAGAGAAGCCGUAUCAAUGUACUGAAUGUGGGAAGUGCUUCAAUGCGUCAGGAAGCUUAAAAAGACACCAUCGAUUUCACACUGGAGAGAAGCCAUAUCGCUGUUUUGAAUGUGGGAAAAGCUUCACUGACAAAGGAAAACUAAAAAAACACCAGCGAAUUCACUCUGGAGAGAAGCCGUAUCACUGUGUUGAAUGUGGGGAGUGCUUUAGUCAGUCAGGAAACCUAAAAACACACCAGCGACUUCACACUAGAGAGAAGCCAUAUCAAUGUACUGAAUGUGGGGAGAGCUUCACUAACAAAGGAAAACUAAAAAAACACCAGAGAAUUCACACUGGAGAAAAGCCACACCUCUGUACUGACUGUGGGAAGAGCUUCAAUGUAUCAGGAAAACUAAAAAUACACCAGCGAAUUCACACUGGAGAGAAGCCAUAUCAAUGUAUUGAAUGUGGGGAGAGCUUCAGUGAGUCAGGAAGCCUAAAUAGACACCAACGCAUUCACACUGGAGAGAAGCCAUAUCACUGUGUUGAAUGUGGGGAGAGCUUCAGGCAGUCAGGAAACCUAAAAAGACACCAGCAAAUUCACACUAGAGCCAGCCACCCUCCCUCUCAGUCCCUCACCUCUCCACCCUGCUUGUUUGAGUGUGUGGAGAGCAAAAAGGGCUCCUUUCCUGCAGACACACUGAACUGUGUGACCCCUGAACUAGCUGCCUUUUUACCCUGGAGAGAAGAACCGAGACGGUCAGAGCGAGUGACUAGAGCCGUGCUGCACAUCCCACUGACAAUACCUGAACAACUUCUAAACAGAAUCCUGUGUGCUGUCAUGGACAGUGUGGAGAUGGAAUCUGUCCAGAUUAAAGAGGAGUUCCCUGAACUUGAACCUCUCCCCUUUACAAUGGAGUUCUUUGGGCUGGCUUCCCUCCCCAUGAAACAGGAGCUCUGUGAGAUGCAAUGUGACAGCAGUCAGCCAGAGGUCUCUGAGAUUAAAGCUGAGCACAAUGAAUUGGAGAUCCCGCAGACAGAAGAACACCUUCCUGUUAAACAAGAAGAGGUGCUGGAAAUUGUCUGUAUUAAACGGGGUCCCCCUGAAGUAGAGUUUGAGCACAUGGAACCAGGGAAGGAAGAACCAGAGGACUUCAAACCAAACAUCCCUGAGCUGGAGCCUGUACGCCUGCGGGAGUGUAGCGUGGUGUUGGAGAGAAUCUGCGUGAGAGAGCGAGGCGCUGGAGAGGAAGGCUCUCCCAACAGCACACAAGGAGGUGGACAGGGAGACAGGCGGUUGCAUUCAGAAUGCAGUCUAGCAGGUUCCAGUCCAGCAGCUAAAGUGAGGGCAGGUGGUGGAGAAUAUCCUGACUGUGGGAAAGGUUUCACGCUGUUGGGGCAUUUAAACAAAACCCAGCGAACUCACACAGGAGAGAAACCGUAUCACUGCUCUGACUGUGGGAAGAGUUUCAAUCAUUUUAGAAACCUAAAACAACACCAGCGAAUUCACACAGGAGAGAAACCGUAUCACUGCUCUGACUGUGGGAAGAGUUUCAAUCAUUUUAGAAACCUAAAACAACACCAGCGAAUUCACACAGGAGAGAAACCGUAUCACUGCUUUGACUGUGGGAAGAGUUUCACUGUGAAACAAAGCCUUCAAUACCACCAGUGGACUCACACAGGAGAGAAGCCAUAUUGCUGCUCUGACUGUGGGGAGAGUUUCAGACGGGCAGACAGGCUUGUUUCACACCAGCAAACUCACACAGGAGAAAAACCGUAUCACUGCUCUGACUGUGGGAAGAGUUUCAGUGUGAAACAAGGCCUUCAAAACCACCAGUGGACUCACACAGGAGAGAAACCGUAUCGCUGCUCUGACUGUGGGAAGAGUUUCAGUGUGAAAAAAGGCCUUCAAAACCACGAGCGAACUCACACAGGAGAGAAACCGUAUCGCUGCUCUGACUGUGGGAAGAGGUUCAUUCGGGCAGACAGCUUUGUUUCACACCAGCGAACUCACACAGGAGAAAAACCGUAUCGCUGCUCUGACUGUGGGAAGAGUUUCAGUGUGAAACAAGUCCUUCAAAAACACCAGCGAAUUCACAGAAGAGAUAAACUUUAAAAACCAUGUUCAAUGGGACUUUUCACUCAUGAGGGGAAAAUAAUAUUAACCUUGCAUUACGAAUCCCUGUGUAAUAACUGUUUUGUAGAUCACUCUUGAGCAUGCAUUUAAAACUCUCUUGCACUCUGUGUCAGAUAGUGGGUGGUGAUGCGGACACGUCACAAGAGGCUUCUCUGCUGUCAGUUUAACUCAGGCUGUCAAUGCAGUCAGUGCCUGGGAGUGGGAAUAUGCAGAAAGGAAACUAUUCCACACCUCAUCUGAUGGACGAGUCAGGAGAAAUCAAUAACUCAGUGUGGAAAUGAGUUUCAGGAUUUAACAUUUUGAACUUACUCAAUUUAUUUAUUUUCAAGUUAAUUAUCAUGCUUUUUAUUUUUUUUAAUGAUCUAAUGUACAAUAAAUGAUAAAUUGUUUGUUUGUCA